GCUGCGCGACCCCCUCCCUGCAGGUCGCGACCCGCGGGCCUGGAUGCUAUGGCCCGGCCUCGCGUGCGCCUGGUGGUCACCGCGGACGAUUUUGGUUACUGCCCGCGGCGCGAUGAGGGCAUCGUGGAGGCCUUCCUGGCCGGGACCGUGACCAGCGUGUCCCUGCUGGUCAACGGCGCGGCCGCCCAGAGCGCGGCGGAGCUGGCCCGCAGGCACAGCAUCCCCACGGGCCUCCACGCCAAUCUGUCCGAGGGCCGCCCGGUGGGCCCGGCCCGCCACGGCGCCUCGACGCUGCUCGGCCCCGAAGGUUUCUUCCUCGGCAAGAUGGGAUUCCGGGAGGCGGUGGCGGCCGGAGGCGUGGCUUUGCCCCAGGUGCGGGAGGAGCUAGAAGCCCAACUAAACUGCUUCCAGGAGUUGCUGGGCAGGGCCCCCACGCACGUGGACGGGCACCAGCACGUGCACGUUCUCCCAGGCGUGUGCCAGGUGUUCGCCGAGGCGCUGCAGGCCUACGGGGUGCGCUUCACACGGCUGCCGCUGGAACGCGGCGUGGGCGGCUGUGCGUGGCUGGAGGCCCCGGCGCGCGCCUUCGCCUUCGCCGUGGAGCGCGACGCCCGGGCCGCCGUGGGCCCCUUCUCCCGCCACGGCCUGCGGUGGACAGACGCCUUCGUGGGCAUGAGCACUUGCGGACGGCACAUGUCUGCCCAUCGCGUAUCAGGGGCGCUGGCGCGGGCCCUGGAAAAUAUCCCAGCGGGCCAUGCCCUGACAGCAGAGCUGAUGGCACACCCCGGCUACCCCAGUGUGCCUCCGGCUGGGGGCUGUGGUGAAGGCCCCGACGCAUUCUCCUGCUCUUGGGAGCGGCUGCAUGAGCUGCGUGUCCUCACUGCACCCACGCUGCGGGCCCGGCUUGCUCAGGAAGGUGUGCAGCUCUGCGCCCUCGACGACCUGGACUACAAGAAGCCUGGGGAGGGGGUCCCCUGUGAGGCCACUCUGGAACCCUUCCUGGAGCCCUCCCCAUCUUGACCCUUACAGACAGCCAAGCACUAAUGCCCUUUAGUGUCGAGGAAGGGGGCCGGGAUUAAGCAAGCACUGGCACAGCCCAGAACCAGGCUCUUGAGCAAGGUCUGUAACUACCCUGGGUGGGACACUGCCACCUCUGUGCCCAGGUCCUCAGGCCUCAGAAUGGCAUCCAGAGCUUGAGCAGCCCCUCUUGGCUACAGGUGGGCCCAACCUGUGACAUCUGGGCCUAGGACCUGCAGAGCAUUUGGUGCCCUUUCAUGUUGCAGUGUAAAACACCUUCAUUGUUUAAGGGGGAGUGGGGAAGAGGUUGCUAUAUUAAUAAAAUAAAGUGUCUUUCA